UCUCUUCCGGUGUACUUGAUGUCAUUUCCUGCCAUGCGGCGCAUUAUAAGAGACCCCGUGGCGGCGAGUAGCCCUUUUCCCCGGAUUGAGGCGCGAAAUGGCGGAUAACCAGACUGAGAGGGCUUACCAGAAGCAGCCCACCAUCUUCCAGAACAAGAAGCGAGCCCUCGUGGGUGAGGGCAGCAAGGAGAAGCUCCCCCGGUAUUACCGAAAUGUAGGCCUGGGCUUCAAGACCCCACGAGAGGCCAUCGAUGGAACCUACAUUGACAAGAAGUGUCCGUUCACUGGAAAUGUAUCCAUCCGGGGCCGAAUCCUAACAGGUGUUGUAACAAAGAUGAAGAUGCAGAGAACUAUUGUUAUUCGCAGAGACUAUCUGCAUUACAUCAGGAAAUACAACCGCUUUGAGAAGCGACACAAGAACAUGUCUGUACACCUAUCGCCCUGCUUCAGGCAGCCACUAGCCAUUCUCUGCCUGAUGGCCUUUGGUUAUCCUGGAGUCAGUGGAGGAUCGAUGCACAGUGGUAGUGAUCCAGGAACCCAGGCCAAUGUUCUGGGGGCAGGGAUUCAAAUCCGACAGUGGCAGGGAUGUGCAGAACGGGGACAGUGUGACUGUGGGAGAGUGUCGGCCUCUCAGUAAGACUGUGCGUUUCAAUGUCCUCAAGGUCACCAAAGCUGCAGGAGCAAAGAAACAAUUCCAGAAGUUCUGAAUGAUUGGUUGAGAUGAGUCAGUCAUAAUAAAAUAUGUGGACAAAC